CGCGGGGGGCGUGCGCGGUGACGUCACGCCCCAGGCCUCUUUAGCGCCGCGUCCCCGGAUGUUGCUUCCCUUUCCCGUCUCCGAAGAUGGCAGGUGAGAAGAAGAAAACCAAGAGGGUGCGGAAGGUCCACACCAGCCGCAACCCGGUGCUGGCCCGGGGGAUCGGGAAGUAUUCCCGGUCGGCUAUGUACGCCCGGAAAGCCAUGUACAAGCGCAAGUACAAAGCCCCAGAAACAAAGAUAGAAAAGAAGAAACGAGAAAAGGAGCCAGCCACAGCCACAAAGCCCGUCGGAGGGGAUAAGAAUGGAGGCACCCGGGUGGUCAAACUCCGCAAGAUGCCUCGAUAUUAUCCGACUGAAGAUGUUCCCCGCAAGCUCCUGAGUCACGGCAAAAAGAAUUUUGCCCUACACAAGAGGAAACUGCGGGCUUCCAUUACCCCGGGAACCGUUGUAAUCCUUCUCACUGGCCGCCACCGAGGCAAGCGUGUGGUCUUCCUGAAGCAGCUAGGGAGCGGCUUACUUCUCGUAACAGGCCCCCUGGUCAUCAACCGGGUCCCCCUGCGCAGGGCUCACCAGAAAUUUGUCAUUGCCACUUCGACCAAGGUCGACAUCUCUGGCGUGAAGCUUCCCAAGCACCUCACUGAUCUUUACUUCAAGAAGAAGAGGCUGCGUAAACCUAAGCACCAGGAGGGCGAAAUUUUCGACACUGAGAAAGAGAAAUAUGAGAUCACAGAGCGACGCAAAGCAGACCAGAAGGCUGUGGACUCCCAGCUCCUGCCGGCCAUCAAAAAGGUGCCUCAGCUUCGGGGCUACCUGCGUUCCACAUUCUCCCUUUCCAACGGCGUUUAUCCUCACAAAUUGGUAUUCUAAGUAGCCUGGAGACUUCAUAGUAAAAUAUUUGGAGGAAACGACC